GCUGUCAGUAAUCGCCAGUUUAAUACUAAAUACGGUACACUCAGGGGUGUUAUAAUACCUAUGACCAGAGGUGGUGGUAGUGGUGAUACCACUACAACACAAACAGCCGGUAAUAACGGUCAACAACGGUCAUCAACCGGUAGUUCGGGUUUUGCUCAAUUAGGACCAGUAGAGGCCUACUUUGGCAUACCGUACGCAUCGCCGCCGACCCAAACUCGACGCUUUAUGCCGCCGGUAACGCCCCCUCAUUGGCGCGGCGUACGACUGGCCAACCGUCCCGGACCAGUGUGUCCGCAAGUGUUACCCGAUUUAGGUAACGGUACCACCAAACAGGGACAGUCGGCUCAACGUCAGGACUUUUUGCGCCGAGUGCUACCGUAUAUGAGAAAUCAGAGCGAGGACUGUCUAUAUUUGAAUAUCUAUGUGCCCUAUAAUCCCGGUGCUCAACCAUCAAGCGGUUCACUACCAUCAACACAGUCAUCAUCGUCAUCAUCAUCAACAACAACAGCUCAGUCAUCAUCAUCAGUGUCGGGCAAAUACCCGGUAAUUGUAUUCAUAGGCGGCGAGUCGUACGACUGGGACGCCGGCAAUCCACACGACGGCUCAAUAUUGGCCAGUUUUGGUCAAGUAAUUGUCGUAACACUCAACUAUAGGCUGGGUGUCCUAGGUUUUCUGCCGGCAGUAGUCGACGGUACCGUACGGGGCAACUAUGGGCUCAUGGAUCAGGUGGCGGCCCUACAUUGGAUACAGGAAAACAUUGGCGACCUAUCGGGCGAUACCCAUAAUGUUACAGUAGUUGGACACGGAUUUGGUGCCUCAUGUGUACACUUAUUGAUGAUAUCGCCUAUGGCUAAAGGCCUAUUCUCAAGGGUGGCACUGAUGAGCGGUUCGGCAUUAGGUCCGGCAGCCAUAGCCAGGGAUGCCGACACCUAUGCCCGGCAUUUGGCCAAAGCUAUCAAUUGUCCAAACUUUGAUAACGUAGUUAUGGUCGACUGUUUACGUCAGAAAAGUGUAGCCGAAAUAAUGAGUGUCGACCUAAUGGUACCGCAAUAUCUAUCGGCUUUCGGGCCGAUUGUCGACGGUAUUGUCAUAGCCCAGGAGCCCAGGCAACUGAUGUUCAGGCGUACCGGCGGUGCCGUCAAUAUUGGCGGCACCGCCGGUAGCGGUGGUAGUAGUGGUGGCAGUGACAGCAGUCCGACUACGACGGCAUCGGCCGCACAAAACUAUGUACUAUCGAUGGCUGGCCAGCAGCCAAUCGAUAUGUUGUUUGGUGUUACUCGUGUGGAAACGCCAUUUAUAUUUACGGCCAACGAGGAAAGGCAUGGCAUUGAUCUGGCCCGACGGGAACGUAUACUCAGGACACUUGUCCGCAAUCUUUUUGAUUAUCACCAACAGGCCAUACUAUUGACACUGAUUAACGAAUAUACCGAUUGGAACCGUCCUAUUGAGCACCCGAUCAAUUUGCUCGACUCGACCGCCGAUAUAUUGGGCGAUGCACUGACUGUGGCGCCGAUGGUCGAGACGGGCGACUUGCAUACCAAGUGGACGUCGAGCAGUACCGGCACCGGUAGCUCAUCAUCAUCGACAGCCGCACAUACCGGUGCUAAUAGUGACUCCAAUAGACAGCAUAAGACAUUUUUCUAUGUAUUCGUCUAUCAGAGCGAAGACGGCAACAAACAACUAAACCAGAGGUUAGGCUGUCUUCACGGGGAAGAGUUGGCCUAUUUGUUUGGCGCCCCACUAGCCGUCCAAUUGUUGGGCCGAACAUUAGGUCACUUUGCCGUCAAUUAUAGUAAACCCGAAGUGACAUUAUCUGAGGCUGUGAUGACUUAUUGGACUAAUUUUGCCAAAUAUGGUGAUCCAAAUGGUGCCGAUCCGUCGGACACACCAUCACAACCAGCACCGGCACCACAUCAAACAUCAUCGGCCAAUGAAAGGAAAGGCAGGUUUGAUGGCGUCCAAUGGCCACUGUAUGAUACCGUCCAGAAAAAAUACCUAAUGAUUGGUAUGAAACCAAAAGUACGCGACCACUACCACAGCCAUAGACUAUCGUUUUGGUUGCAAUUGAUACCCGAUUUGCAUAAACCGGGCGAUGAGGACGUCUAUCUGCGCCAUCAUCUACUACAGGAUCACGAAAACCCGCUGACCUAUGACGGUGUGGUCCGGCAGAUAGCGUUCAAAUUUCUACAACCAUUGCCUACCGUUCCUCACGGAUCGUCUGCCGCUGCCGGUGGCCGUCAACAGAGACGGCCAACUAUCACGUCGUUAUUAAACAACAACAACAAGAAUGUCAACAAUGACGACAACUCCAUAGUCAACGGUGUGGUGUCUGUAAUCACCAGUGAAGCCGCCGAUGACGAAGGUCUGGCCAAACGGCUGGACAAACAUAACAACUCUACGACGGCUACCGCACUGUCGACUACAACUACAACAGCCAACAAUAGCACCGCCGAUAAUGGCUAUACAACUGCCCUAUCGGUGACCAUUGCCAUCGGCUGUUCGCUACUCAUACUGAAUAUGUUGAUAUUUGCCGGCGUCUACUAUCAAUUGGAACGUAAUGCCAAAAAACGGUCGGUAACAGCACUGGGAGGAGCCGACGGUGACACUACUGGCCGCUGCCUCGGCGGUGGAGCCAUUAGUAUAGCAUCUGGAGGUCAUAAUCAUCUAGUGGUGAUGCCUAAUGCUGCCGGUGCUCAUUAUCAUCAUCAUCAGCACCUAAACGAUGAACUGUCGCAUACGGAUGAGUCGUCGGCACUAAUGUUGAUGUCGGUCCACAACAAGAGAUCAUCAGUCGGUUGUCGACAACAACAACAACAACUGCCGGCCAUCAACUGUUCGUCGUCUCCUAUAAGCCAACUGUCCUCUCCGUCGUCGACAAUUGGGCCGCCAAUAGUCUAUCAGACGCACAACAACAACACCAACACUAACACCAAUAGCCUUACCAGACGUUCUGGAUAUUCUGGCCAACAAUCUUACGGAAAGUUGUCUAAGUUGUCGCUGGAUUCGGUACCCGAACAACAACAACAACUACCCGUGCCUUUACAUGACUGCUCAAUAAGCGAUUACAUUGGCGGCGUUGGCAGCGGUAUCGAUAGUAUCGGAACUGUCAGCGACCAGUUAGACCACUAUACACAACAACAACAACAACAUCAACAUCACGUCCAGCACCUGACCCAACAACAACAACACCAGGAACUGGAGCUAAACAGUGUCGGCGGCGGCGGUGCCAUCAGUAUUGAAAAUCGUAACCAAAUUAGAAUUUAA